CCGCCCCGCCCGGCAGCCCGCCGGCCCGCCCCGCGCGCCCGGCAGCCGCCUCGCAGUCCCGCCUGCACCCACCAGCCCUGCAGCCGCGCCGCCCGCCGAGCCUCGCCGAGCCGCCGCCGCCGCCGCCGCCGGGACAUGGUCCUGUGUGUCCAGGGACCCUGUCCUUUGCUGGCUCUGGAGAGGAUUGGGCAGCAGCCCCUGGGGGUCCAGUCCCUGGAGCUGCCCAGACCAGCUAUGCAGCCUUUGCCUGCUGGGGCCUUCCUGGAGGAGGUGACAGAGGAGAGCCCAGCCCAGCCAGAGAGUGAGCCCAAGGUGCUGGACCCCGAGGAGGACCUGCUGUGCAUAGCCAAGACCUUCUCCUACCUUCGGGAAUCUGGCUGGUAUUGGGGUUCCAUCACGGCCAGCGAAGCCCGGCAACACCUGCAGAAGAUGCCGGAGGGCACGUUCCUGGUACGCGACAGCACCCACCCCAGCUACCUGUUCACGCUGUCAGUCAAAACCACCCGUGGCCCCACCAAUGUGCGCAUCGAGUACGCCGACUCCAGCUUCCGCCUGGACUCUAACUGCCUGUCCAGGCCACGCAUCCUGGCCUUCCCUGACGUGGUCAGCCUCGUACAGCACUAUGUGGCCUCCUGCACCGCUGACACCCGAAGUGACAGCCCUGACCCUGCGCCCAGCCCAGCCCUGCCGACCCCUAAGGAAGGUGCGCCUGGAGCGCCAGCACCGCCCAGCCCCAUGGCUGCUGUGCACCUGAAGCUGGUGCGGCCCUUUGUGCGCAGGAGCAGUGGCCGCAGCCUACAGCACCUGUGCCGACUCGCCAUCAACCGCCUGGUGGCCGACGUGGACUGUCUGCCACUGCCCCAGCGCAUGGCUGACUACCUCCGGCAGUACCCCUUCCAGCUCUGACCCGGCUGGGCCUCAGCCAGCCUUACCGUGGGGGGGCCCCACCCAGCUGGACUUGGUUCCCAUGAUCCCUCCUGCGGUCGCCCUACGGCCCAUGAGCAUCUGGCAUCUGGGCCAGGAAGAGUCAGGCCCAGGUGAGGGGUGGGGAGGUGCCGCACAGCUCGGGGGCUCCACUGGGAGCUGUGUGUCAGGGGAGGGAGAUGGGUGGGACCCGGUCUCCCCUUGGGGCUGGGCCUGGGCUCCCCACCUGCCACGGCCUUCUGGACUCCGCAGUUGGCUGGCCCUGGUUUCUCAGUCACAGGUUGGGGCAGGCCCCCUCCUUCUCACCGACCUCCGUCUCCGGGAGGAUGGCGGCCAGAGGAACUGAGCUUGACAGUGACAGUCCCCUGACGGUGGAGCAGGCAGGCUGGGUGACUGCAGUCCUACAUUAUUUAUUUAUUUAUUUAUUCUCCAUGGGUUGGUCUCGGCGUGAGCCUGCCCCGCCUCUCUGCACCCUGCUUGCUCCGGAGACCCCAGCCUCGCUGGUCUGUCUGGUGGGGGAGAGCCCCAAUCUGAGACGUGCUGCCGGACCCAAGGCGGUCCUGGCUGGCGUCGAGCGCCGACCCUCUCACCCGUGACUGUACCCAGUCUCUUCUGACCGCAGCCGUUUUGUGAAGGUGGGCGAACAGAUGAGAAAACAGAGGCGAGGCGUCAGAGCUUCUCAGGGUGGAGCGUCCGCACGGAACUGGUCUCGCUGGGGCUCAGACUGGUGUGAGCGUGUGCGCUGGGCCAGCGCCCUGCCCAGGACGGGGCCUGCACAUGAGGGGAAGCAAGACACACAUCUAAGAAGAUUUUAUAAAAUUAUUAUUAUAACAAAACCCCAGUUUUUUUCUUCUACUGACUUCUCUAUAAUGACAAUAAAAUUGUACCUUUGUUUAUGGA